CAGCAGCAGCAGCAGCAGCUGUGUCCUGCGGGUUUAAAACUCAACUACAAACUGUUUCAAACGGUCAGAGACUGUGUGUUAGUCUAUGAUCGACACCGUCAGUUUAGCUAAGAGCAUGUUUUGCUUAAAUCAAACGUAACGCGAAACAAGAGUAGCCCGUCUUUUUCAUUCUCGUUGAUACACUAAUGUUUUUAUGCGACCCGCGCACAAAUUAUACGUCAUGUAGUAGUUACUACAUUUCCCAUGAGCACCCGCUGGGUUGAAACUACAGAAGACAACAUGGCGGGGAUCGCAGCGUUCCUGAAGAAUGCAUGGAAUAAGGAGCCUGUUAUCCUGGCCUCCUGUGCUAUUGGACUGAUAGGUUUUGCUCUUCCAUUAAUCAGCCCCAUCACAAAGUAUACAGGAAUGAUCAAUUCGUCUGUGCCAUACAACUACCCAGUCCCUGUGCGAGAUGAUGGAAACAUGCCUGAUGUUCCUGCUCAUCCGAGUGAACCAAAAGGAAACAACUUGGAAUGGCUUAAAAAUCUUUAACUUCACAUUCGCACGAUCAACACUUGAUCGUUUCUUUUGUUCAUAUGUGUCUGCAUAGCUGCUCCACCAAUCGGUGUCCCACAAUAAAGAUUUAUUUAAUUCUA